UUAAUUUAGAAAUGAAUUAAAAAUGGGAGCGCAUUGAGUUGGUGUUUCACACGUGCCAUGAUCCCAGGCGUCCUGUCGGAUAGACCCUCUGGCUGGUUCCGUGCAACGGUUGCUAAAUAAGACAAUAUGAUUCGAUUCCACGACAUGGCCUGACACUUGUUUCCGUUCUUCCUGUGUGUUUUGGUCAGUAGGUUGUGCAGUUCCGCAGCCCCGAUCAUGGGCUUUCAAUGUUCGUAUGAACAGGCAUAUGUGUGUACAGCUUCGUGCUUAUUUUCAUGCGCGCUUGCUGAAGGAUUUUUUUCAACGUGCCGAGAGAAGAUUCCAUGCCCUCCAAUUACCAAACACCUUCUGCCUGAACUCUGUGGCGAGAGGGUGCAUGGACGGAGGGCUACAUCCGUAGACCAGAAUAGCAAUCAAUUCAUACUACAUCAAUUCAUUUACGUUGUCAUAACUGUUUCUCCCUUAUCUGCUCCCAAUGACGUUGACAGUCAGAUAUAAUACACGACCCAUGCAUCUCUACGCAAGCUCA